GUUCUAACCACUACGCAGUUGAAGUUGUUUAAAUCAUUGAAAAAAAGUGUAAGGUUUUGGGAUUUUAUUCUUUUUUCUUGCUUAUUACACGAAAGAUUUUACAUUGUGUUUUGACUUGGCGCCGAAACUCUUCAAUCAAAGAAAUUCCUUAUAGUUGAUUUCAAUUUACGUCUUUUGUAGCCCGGUUUCUAUUAUUCAAGAAUUGCUUCUUACAAUUACGAUUUAGCUGAUCUAUAUUUCAGCCUUUUGAAGGAAUAUCUUAGUAAACAAACCAAAGUUGUCCAACGUUUCCCUCGUGUUAAAUAUCAUACACUUUUUCGCAACUUAUUACGAAUUCUUCUUUAAAAAAAUCUUUCUUUUUUUUCUUUUCCCGUAUUGUGUACUUAAAUCAUGGUACCUCCUAUACAGCUGACGCUCACAGAGCAAGAAGCAUUUGAUGAUAUGCUUCAGACUUUACCAGUAGAGGACCCCAAUUGCUUUCCAGGAUCAAUUGUCAGCCCUUUCCUCUUAAAAUUUGGCCUUCCACAAAAAACAUUAGCCAAAAUCUGGGACUUUUGCGAUGAAGAAGAUAAAGGCUACUUCACUCGAACCCAAGCUUACGCUUGCCUUCGCUACGUAGCGCAGGCUCAAAAGGGUGUACCUUUGCAGGAAUUGGACGUAUCAAAAGCUGGAACUCCUCCUUCAUUUGCUGAUGGGACUGAGGUAUCAAACCUUCAAACUUCAGACACAACGGACCUUAGCCCAUUCCGCCAAACCGUGGACCCGCAUCUACGAUCCGAAUUUGAAAAAGAGUUCUAUAAUCAAAUGGAUAAGAUUGAAGAUUUAGAAGACCCAACCCUUAUGCCUAGUUCUAUUGCUAAACCGCUUUUUCUUGAAUCUGGACUUUCUACUAGUGUGUUGGCUCAGAUUUGGAAUCUAGCAGAUUCCGGGCACGUUGGUUAUCUUAGAGUCGAGCAAUUUAUUAUUGCUAAGCAUCUGAUUAUGCUUUGCAAAAAGUAUAACCUUGUUCAUUUACCUCGGUCGCUUCCUUCUUAUGUAAUUGACUCGGCGAAGAGCGAUGCCAAUUCCUCCACUAAACUGGAACCUUCCAAUCAAAGUAAUGCUGUCUUCUCAUCGAAUCAGGAAACAAAGCACGGUAGAAAUUCUUCAAGUAUUCCUUCUAUUUCUUCCAGCGCAGAAGCUAAAUCUCUUUCAUUAGAUUUUGUUAGUAAAUCUAUACACCCAGAAGAUCGUGAAAAUUUUUGCGUACUUUUUAAGAAAAUUGAUUCAGAAAAUAAAGGAUUUAUUACUGGAGAAGAGGCUGUGCCUUUUUUUAUGGCAUCUCGACUUGAUCCCGAUGAACUAGCCAGAAUCUGGGAACUUGCUGACAAAGACGAUAAAGGAUUUAUUAUGAAAAAUGAAUUUGUUGUCGCUAUGCAAAUCAUAAAACUAAGACUUUCGGGUCAGCCUCUGGACAGCAUAAUCUCAUCAAGUUCUAUGGAACAGAGUGCACUUUCAAGCAAAGAGAAAGCUUCUGACUCUAGUCAACUUCCCGAUUAUCCCCCAAUUUCUUCUGAGCCAAUUGAAAAUACUAACGUUCCUACAGAUGAAGAAGAACACUUUUCCAACAUCACUCGUGAACCUACCGAGUCUUUUCGCUCAAAUAAUAAUCAAAUAAAUGAGUUGGAAAACAUGGCUCCUCAACCGACUCUUGAGCAAACAAUUGAAAACUUAGUUCCCGGUGGAGAUAAGAGCUUGAUAAAUGAGCCUACGAAAGAAGUAUUGGAUAACGACUCUGAAAAAGGAAACUUUCAACCACCCCAUGCAAAUUGGGUACAAGAACUUCAACGUGAAAAUCAACCCUCUUCUCCGUCUAUGCCGCACCAAGAAAGUGAAGAGUCUAUGAAUUUACCAUCCAUGCCUAUGGCUAAGCCGGAAGAACCAACUGUAAAAGAGAAACCUGAUGAAGCUACAGUUGACCCUGCAGAAAUUGAAAAUUUGCAGCAGCAAAUCAGUUCUUCCAAGUUCACUUUGGAAACAGUUCAGCAAAGCUAUGAAAGAAUUGAAUCUAGUGUUCAACAGCAAAAAAGUCAUGUUGAGCGUCUUCGUAAUGAAUUGAAUGAUAUAUCUCAACUGAAAGAAGCCACCCAACAAUCAAUUUCUCGAAACUUAAUGGCGAAUCAACAGCUUAGUGCUCAAGUUGGAGAACUUACUAUGGAUAAGAGACAGGUUAUCAAGGAACUUCAACAUCUAAGAAGAAGAAUAGACGACGUUCUUGCAGAUUCAGCAAGCUUGAAUGCUACAAGCGGGAUUAAUUCUCCAGUUUUACGUCCUGAAGAGGUUCGUACCGAAAGAGGUCAAUCAUCCUUUACUUCUCAUCCCCUUCCUAAAAGUUCCUCGAGGUCGUCUGUGAGUCAUACGCCUUCUCAAGUUGUUGAAAGCCACAGUGGACGGACUCAACAAACAGCUAGCGAUGAAGUUCACGACGAGAGAAAGUCUGAAAUACUACAAGAGCUACUAUCGAUGGGCUUUCCCAAAGAUAAAAGCCUUAUUGCUUUGACCGCUGUUAAUUACGAUGCAAAUGAGGCGAUAAAUAUUUUACUUAGCUCACAAUAGAUAAAAACAAUAAAACACUUUUGGCA